AUCUUCCUUAUGAUCAAUGCCCAAAGCUCCCUUCAUCUUCCAUAUAAUCACUUAGAGAAAAAAAAGAGUGGAAGAUAGAAAGAAGUUAACGAAAGAACUUUUUUUCUUCAUUUGUUCAGCUGGAAAUGGUGUUUGGUUGGAGAAAAGCGUUCUGCACAUCCUUUCCUAGUAAUCAAGACAAAUCUCAUCAAUCAUCAUCAGACCUUCUUCACACUGAUCCACCUAUUCCCACACCAAGACUCCGAUCAAAGUUCGGUUUUUUCUCAAACCCAUCAACUCCCCGCCUCCGAUCUCGCGGCGGAGGUGGUGGAAGUGGAUGCCGCUCCGCCGCUUCAACCGCAGCCGCUACUCCAUCUCUUCCCACUAGUCCCAGACUCCAAUGCAGGACUACAAGCAAUGCUACUCCGCGGACAAGUAACCCCUCGACUCCUAAGUUUCUCUCUAACCCUUCUUCUCCCAAAUCAUCUUCUCCUUCCUCCCACGCCGGCGUCUCUCUCCUCCGUGCUACACUUCUUCUCAACCAGAGUAACAGUAACAGAUGUGGGAUAUGUCUACAGAGAGUUCACUCCGACCAAAUCAACUCGACGGCGAUUUUCACGGCGGAGUGUUCACAUUCGUUUCACCUCUCUUGCGCCGUUAGAUUACAAGACAAGCGCUGCCCUUUCUGCUCCACCGCGUGGAGUCACGCUCCGAGGAAGGAUCCCCCGUCUGCGAAUUUCGGAUCCGACCCGAUUAGAAAACCCGGGAUCCGAGAAAUCAAAACCGGGAAGUCGCUGAGAGUGUACAACGACGACGAGCCGUUAGCUUACUCGCCCGUGUCUCUCGCUCGGUUCAACACUAUACUAGAAUCAGACGAAAACGACGUCGUAGAGGAAGACGACGAGUUCCCCGGAUUCUUCCCCGAUUCUUCGAUCACGCCGGCGGCUUCGAUCUCCGGGAACCUCGAGGUCCAAUUGCUGCCGGAAUCCGCCGUGGUGGAGACCGGGAAAAGGAUCGAGACGCACGCCGUCGUCAUGAAAGUGAAGGCGUCGCCGAUGAAGGACGCCGUUAGAGCGCGGCGGCCGUCGAUAGAUCUGGUGGCGGUUCUCGACCUGAGCGGCGGCGGAGCUAAUCUGCAGACGGUUAAGCACGCGAUGAGGCUGGUGAUCUCUCUCCUCCGGGAGAUGGACCGGCUCUCGAUCGUCGUGUUCUCGACGGGGUCGAAACGGUUGAUGCCGUUACGGCGGAUGACGGCGAGAGGACGGGGGGCGGCGAGGAGGAUCGUGGACUCGCUCGGCGGAGUUGAAGCCACCGGCGGCGGAGGGAUGAGCGUUAGCGACGCGUUGAAGAAAGCGGUUAAAGUCGUUGAGGAUCGGCGGGAGAGGAAUCCAACGGCGAGCGUUUUGGUUUUAUCCGACGGUCAGGAUCAGCCGGAGGCGGUUUUGAAAGCUAGGCUAAGCUCCACGCGCGUGCCCUUCGUCGUUUCCACCACUCGCUUGUCUCGUCCAAUGAUCCCGGUUCAUUCCGUUUGGAUCGCGUCUCCAAGCGCGUUGCAGUACGCGCCUCUACGAGACGCGUUCACGGAGCGAGUCGCUGCUUUGUUCAACGUGGCUUUGCAUGACGUGAAGCUUAAUCUAUGUUUGGUCUCCGGAUCCCCGUUGACCGAGAUCUCAGCGGUUUACUCUUUAACGGGCAGACCCGAGAGUUUCGGAUCCGGGUCGGCCGUUGUCGUCGGGGAUCUGUUCGCGGAGGAGGAGAGAGAAUUUCUCGUUGAGCUCAAAGUGCCGACUUCUUCGAGCGGGUCCCACCGUGUGAUGUCCGUACGGUCUUCGGUCGUUGACCCCGCGACGCUUCAGCCGUUUCCUUGUCCGAACGAGAAACGGUUUUUGAUCCCGCGGCCACAGACCGUCCGAUUCGUCUCUGCCAGCAUCGAACGGCUAAGGAGUCGACACUCUGUCUGCCGCGCUGUAGCUGAGUCACGUAAGAUGAUUGAGCGUGAAGAUUUAGCCGGAGCCUAUGAGGUUUUAACAGCGGCUCGGUCAAACGCGUUGGAUGAGAAUGAUAGCUUGAAGAGCUUGGACGCUGAGUUAGCCGAGCUAAACCGGUUAAAACCGAGAGACGGUACAGCAAACCGAGCCGAAGAGGAGAAAACCGAGCAACUAACGCCGACUUCGGCUUGGAGAGCCGCUGAGAAAUUGGCGAAAGUGGCUAUCAUGAGGAAGCAUUUAAACCGAGUCAGCGACAUGCACGGCUUGGAAAACGCCAGAUUUUAAGUUGAUUAUUAGUUGGUAUGUAAUUAUUUAAAUAUUAGUAACCAAUAAUUGAGUAAGAUAUCAUAAAUAAAAUUAUAGAAGCAUGAUUUUUAGAAAGGGACCCUAUAGGUGCAUGACAGCGACAAGCAGUAGCCGACGGGUGUGGCCUUUUUUGUAAUGCAGAGAUUGUUACAUUGAGAGAAUUAAUUGGUCUUGUAGCUUUUAUCAUCUCCCUUUUUGUAAUUUUCAGAAAAUCCAAAUUUGUGACAGAAAAAGUUUGAAGAAAAUAAAUGAAGUUUGAAUUUU